CGCUACCCCGCGUGCCCUCCCCACCUCGGUCACGGCUCUGCGCGGCCGGGAAGAAUGGCAGUGACCCAGCACGUAUUGGGGACCCAGUCAGGCAGCCCAGAAAGAGGGAGAUUAUACAAACAGAUGUAAAGACCCACUUAACAGCAUGUGUGAACCUGUCUACAAGGCUGGGACGGGAUAUGAGGUGCGAAGAAUCCAGUUUCAACUGAGUGGUGUAUCAGAAAAAGAUGCCAUAUCAGUGUUGGUUUGUGUUUAUUUUCCGCUGACCCUAUGGGUGAAGAUAUCCUUGACCAUUACUGCAUCUGAAUAUGUUCCAGCUCAUCCGAUGUUACAUCACCAGCUACUAGUGGAUUUUCCAGCAUAUCCUUCAUCUUCAAAUUAUAUCCGUGGUUGUAACCAUGCUUGUGGCCAUGUAUGUUCACCUCUACAAGAGAACCCAGCAUAUUCCAAACUAGUGAUGUUUGUCCAGACAGAAAUGAGAGGAAAAUUGGCCCCAUCGAUAAUUGAAGCAACAAUGCCUUCCAAUUUAAUAAGCUUCCUCCUCAAUGUGAAAGAUGGAGUAAAAACACACAAAAUUCCAUCAGGACGUGGAUGUCAUCAUAAUGGGCAUUCAUUGUUCCUAAAGAAGAAAUGAGGCCAUUUAAAAUCAUGUGUGGCAGUUAACUGCCUUUUACUUCUAAGUCAAUAUGCAUAAAUACUGUUACACUAUUCUAAACUGUAUUCUUGAACAAACUACUGAAGGUACUUUGUGAAAAUAAGAGCUCAUAGUUGCACAAGAGAAGCAUUAAAUAUGGUUUUUAAUCUCAUAUAAGAAUAAUGUUAAACAACAAGUGUUCUUAAUGCACUUUUAUCUUGCUUUUUUUCCCUGGAAAAUGCUCUGCAAGAAAACAUCAAUAAGAAAGCAUAUACAGUCAGAGGUCAGCAUUAAUUAAAGAUUAAAAUAUAUUUUAAAUUUUUUUUCUUUCACUUACUGCUUAAAUUGAUAACUGUAGGAAACAUGAACAUAAAAAUUGAAAAGAAUUCCACUAGAAUGUUUGACAACUGAUAUCUGGAAUCUGCAGCUGAAUCAUGAAUCAAUUUUUGGUCUGGCCAGAAUGUAGUAGCCCAUUCCUCCCAAGUCCUUCCUCGUAAAACUAGAAGACCUGCACUUACCACAACAGACAAGCGUAGGAAGACUCCAGCAUAGGUGGCAAGAAGAAGGCAAGCUGGCCAAGGACCUGGGGACUUGAGGAAUGUCUUAGCAGUGAGUUCUCUGGGUUUCCUUAUCGCCAUCCGUAUAUGCCAGACGGGGCGCUGCAGAAGCCUCCAACUUGGGACUGCUGACAGGAAAGAGGAAAAAAGAGAGAGGGGGGAGGCUUUAGGAAAAAGCCUGCUUCUCUGCUCCUCCUCGCCAUAAGAGUGCUCACAAACCAAAGGGGGGCCCAGCAGAACACCAGCCAAACACCAGCCUAAAAACUGCGCCUACCCCACCGUGUGGGCAAAGCAGAGCGAAUCUGCCACCCCACCUCAUCUCUGCGCCGUAGAAGCAGGCGGUGGUGCUUGGACACCCCCAGCCUGCGGUGUCGGCAAGGUUGAGCAGGGAGCUCAUCUUCCACCUUCCGUCCAGCAGAGGCAGGUGUGGUGCUUUGAUAUCCCUGCUGGGGUGGUGGUAGUGGGAUUCAGUGGCAAAGUGAGCUUCCACCCGCACCUGGCAGCAGCAAGAUUUAACCAGCUAGGUCAGGGAAGAGCUAGUCACCAGUCAGCUUCCCUGAUCCUUGGUGUCCCCAAGGCCCAGCACGAUGUGAGCCUCCAUCCCCACCCAGCACCAAUGUUUUCCCCUCUAUAGUGUAUUGAAUGGUGACCCCCAAAAGGUACAUCCUUGUCAAAUCCCUGGAACCUUGAAUGUGACCUUAUUUGGAAAAAUGAUCUCGGCAGAUGUAAUUAAGUUAAGGACCUCAGAAUGAGAUCAUCCUGGAUUAUCAGGCUCUAAGUCCAGUCACAAGUGUCCUCAUAAGAGAUGCACAAAGGAGAGACAUGUGGAGAAGAGGAGGCCAUGUGAAGACAGAGGCAGAGAUUGGGGUUGUGCAGCCCUAAGCCAAGCAACACCUAGAGCUGCCAGAAGCUGAAAGAGGCAAAGAAAGAUCCUCCCCUAGAGCCUUCAGAGGAAGUGUGGCCCUGCCGACACUUUAAUUUCAGACUUCUGGCCUCCAGAACUGUGAGAAUAAAUUUCUGUUCCUUUAAGCCACUAAAUUUGUGGUAAUUUGUUAUGAUAGCUAUAGGAAACUAAUAUACCCUCACUGGUGUCAGCAAGGCUCAGUGGGAAUCUGGGCCUCUGCUCCUAGCUUGCAUCAACAAGGUGAAACAAGGUGUGGGACAUGGGGUCAGUCAGCACUCCACUUCCCCUUCCCCUCCCUGGUGUCAUUGGGGCCCAGUGGGGAGCUGAGCUUAUAUUUGCACUUGGAGGCAACAAAUCUAUGCAAAUCAGUGCCCAUUUUUGCCAGGAAGGGGAGCUGAGCUGCCCCCUCACAUCUGCAAUGAGGGUGGGUCAGUGCUCUACUUUCACCAGGGUGGUGAGAGCAGGGCCUAGUGGGGAGCCGAAUGUACAUACCCCCCAGUCCUCGCAUUACACCUCAACUCGGAGACUGCCUGCUGUGAUGGAAGGUUCAAUAGGAUCCAGAGUCCUUUGGAAAGGAAAGAAGAACAUCAGAAUGGGUAAAAAGAGGUGAAAAUGUCAAAUGUCAUAUACUAUUCUCAGGAGUAUAUUAAAUCACAUUUGAUGGUUGACAAUGGUACAAAAGCAAUUCAGUGGAGGAAGGACAGCCUUUCAGCAAAUGGUGUUGGAGUAACUGACAUCCAAAGGCCUAAUCCUGCACUUUGUACAAAAAUUAACUCAACAUGGAACAUGGGCUUAAAUGUAAAACAUUAAACUACAAAACUUCUAGGAGGAAAAUCUUCAGAACCUACAGCUAGGCAGAAUUCUUACACUGGAUACCAAAAGUAUCCAUAUAAGGAAAAAUAGCAAAUUAAUCUUUAUCAAAAUUAAAAAUGUAUGCUCUAGGAAAGACCCUAUGAAGAAGUAUUAUGGAAGGUGUCAUCUGUAAUAACGAAAAUCCCAUAUAACGCAAAAGUUUGAAGGUAA